AUGUGCGUUUAUGAUCAUGCUCAGCCGGCAUCGUGGUAUCCGGACGAACGGGCGAAAGCAGUGUCUACCUAUGUGUGCCCGAAGUGCCACACGGGUUUUCGAAGGAUGUGGGAUUUAGUUAGACACAAAUGCGGCAGAAUACCACGUUACGGAUGUCCCUACUGCGCCAAGAGGGACAAUUCGUCCUCGAAUGUUUACAGACAUAUCAGACGGUGGCACAAAAAUCAAGCAAUCAUGCAGCUUGAUGUGAUUAUAUUAUCGAAUUAUUCUCCUAACUUGUUGAAGAAACUUCAACAAAGUGCUCGUCAGAACGCCCGGAAGCGGCGCAAAGAGUACUCCGUGAACAAGAGUCACUACUGCCCGCGCUGCAACCGCGGCUUCACACUGAAAAAGAACAUGACGCGGCAUCUGCGUCACGAGUGCGGUAUGGCGCCCAAGUACCAGUGCCCGUACUGCGACAAGCCUUCCAAGUUCACGCAGAACAUUUACGCGCACAUCCGAAAGUAUCAUCCCGGUCAGGAGCUGUGCUUCAGACGAAUAGGCUUCUUUGUCUCCUCAUGGCGAAAGGUGAAAGGUGAAAUGUCGAAGGAUAAACCCACUUCGAUAAAUCAAUGUCACACGAUACGUCAACAACAGGGACCUGAAGAGACACGAGAAGUACCGCUGCGGCAGAUCACCGCGCUUCAAGUGUCCCUACUGCCCCAAGCGGGCGAAUUAUCGCUCGAUCAUUUACAAUCACGUGCGCGGAUUACAUCCGAAAAUGCAUCCGCAAGUUAUCUCCUGAACACACCUGCGUGUGCAGGACGGAAACGGGCACAGGAAUCGGAGAAUUUACGACAUCAGAGAUACAUCACCUGUUUUCGGAUAGAAGAAGUGGUGUUUCUUUCUUCCAAAAAUACAAAGUAUAAAGUGAAGCCAACCGAGCACAAAACCUACGGAAUCAGAUUUCUGUACUGUUAUUGUGCGAUAGGCCCUUCCGUGGUGCCGCCGUUCGGACCGAACAUGAUCUGCAAGUAUCGACCGGGUACGGAGCGCAAGAACAAUUCCGAGGCGUCCAGAAAAUCGAAGAUACGUCCGCGUAAGGUCAGCGCCGACAACAUGAAGCCGUUCCAGUGCCAAAAAUGCGGGCGUGGUUUCACCCUGAAGAGGAACAAGGACCGCCAUGUGAACUACGAGUGCGGACACGAGCCGAGGUUUCAGUGCCCGUAUUGCGGACUACGCAGCAAGCAAACCUCGCCGGUUUACGCCCACAUCAGGAAGAAACAUCCGGACGAAGAGGUUUUUAUCUUCGACAUGAAGCUCUGA